UUUGCUUGACAAUACUUUUAUUUAUUGUCGUAAGAGAUAUUAUAUACUUGUGGUUCAAUACAAAUCUCUGACCUUGUCUCAUUUAUAACAUGCAGUCUGUAUCGAGUUAUAUCGUCAGCUGGCACUGGAAACGAAUCCAACAACAGUCUGGUUGCUCAAAGUUCUGAUGAGACUAUACAUCAUGAGCUCAACACCCUUCCAUGGGAUGCGCUUAUAGGAUCAGAAGAAGCGAAACAUAUCCAAUCCAAAACUAAGCAUCCCGUCAUGAAGGAUUAAUGGUUCAGUGUGGGCGUUGUCACAAAUGGAGAUUCAUACCCUCGAUGGAGAAGUAUGAAAUCUUAAGGGAAAAACAUGUCGAAACCCCCUUUGUCUGUGAGACAGCUUCCGAGUGGAAGCCAAGUAUGUCAUGUGAUGUUCCUGGAGAUAAAACAUCAUGUGGUAUUUGGGCUAUUGAUGUGCCUGACAUCCCUUGUCCGCCGACCUGCUGGAAACGUGUAGUGAAGGUUCGGCGUGAAGAGUGCGGAAAAUUCGCCGAUGUCUACUAUUAUCCUCCUCCUCCAUUAUCAAAAGAGAGGCUUAUCACCAUCCGAGGUCAAAAAGUUCUUGAAUGACCACCCCGAAUACAUAAGAGAAGGUGCUAAUAUUUCUCAAUUCUCCUUCCAAUUGCCAAGACCCCUUGCCGAUAACUAUGUUAAGAAGCGUACUCGUCAAGUGAAACCUACUGCAGCCACUGAAAAUAAGUUAGUGGCAUUGCUAUCACCAUGUGAGCAUAGGCAUCAGAGCAAGGUCAAUCCUCUAAAAGGGCAAGAACAUGAAAUUGAGGAAACCAACAAAGAUGAGUUCAAUAAUUUAUUGGCAGUUAUAGUACAUGUGGACAUUAUUUUUAUAUUCAUGACAAUUUCAACUUAUUUCGUAGACCAAAGUAAGACUUUGAGUAUUUUUGGAAAAAUUUAA